UAAUGAUUCGAUAUUAUAUUAUAAUUGUAAUAAUUGUAUUCAUAUGUUUUUAUCUAUUAUCUAUAUGAAUAACAUUUCCUAUUAAAAUACUCCUGUCUUUAUUUUAUGCAAAUUUUAGUAAUUUUUUUGAUACUAUUUGUGAUUAUACUGAUUAUCAAAGUUCGGUAGUCGUUACUCGUUACACGUUACUCGCUAGACACUAAUCGCUCAGUCAUUCGCUCGCUAGUGUUCUCACCUUCACUGUUCACUAAUCACUUGUCAACGAUUAUCAUACGUAAAAUAUAUUAUAAUAUUAAUACCACACAUCGUUUAAAUUUUACUCGUUAUUAACUUAUAUUAUAUGAAUUACUAUGUACUUGUUUACGUGUUGGAUGACUCAAAUGUUGAAUAAUCAUAUUUGAGAGAAGUCUCAAAGUAGACACACGAGCUUACUUAUCCGAACAAGAGUAUCUGCCGUUCGUUUUGUCCCAAAAAUGUCACGACGUAUCUUAGUUACGUCAGAACCGCCUUUAAAUGUUGAUCCUUAUUGUUUUCACUCGUUUCUAUCCCACUCUAACAGAAUGGAUAGAGACAAAGAAUACUUGAACAUUCGCUUCACCGAAACUAUUAAUGUAAUCAAAAUGGAUGGAAUCGUCGAUACAGAUUUUUUAAUUAACAGGACUUACCCCAGCCAAUUUGAUCAGCAGUUUAMGCUGCUAAUAGAGGCCAGCUUGAAUGACCAAAUAAAAAUUGUGAAAGAAUUGUUCAAUAGAUUCAAUGUCGCAGUGGACAAAACAGGAGAUGUAGUGAAUUUUGGUUCACUUGUCAAAGGAGUUACAGCGCUUUGGUGUGCGGCUGGAACUGGGUCCAUGGAAAUAGUGAAAAUUCUUGUUGAGAAAGGUGCAAAUGUUAACUUUCUUACUGAAACUAAGUCGUCUCCAUUACGAGCGGCUUGUUAUUUAGGAGAUCUAAAUAUUGUUGAAUAUUUGGUUGAACAUGGAGCAAAUAUUAAUUUAACCAAUAUAUACAAUAGUACAUGUCUGAUGAUUGCUUCUCAUAAUAAUCACAAAGAAGUUGUUGAAUAUUUGUUGAGAAAGGGAGCGGAUAUUAAUGUACAAACUAAUUGUGGAUCUACUGCCAUGCACUUUGCAGCACAAGCUGAUAAUUUGGAAGUUGCUAAACUACUUAUAGAAUUUAAUGCUCAACAACUGAAAAAUCAUCAAUCUCUGACUCCUAUUUUGGUGGCAGCCGAAAGAACACAUCAUAAUUUUGUAUAUUGUCUCAUUAAUGAGAUGAGUUUAUUGAAUUUGACUCGGGAAGAGAAGAUAGAGGCUGAAGAGUUACUAGGUGCUUCAUUUUUGAAUGAUAAAGAUCAUUAUGAUUUACGUCUGGGAUAUAAUAUUCUAGUUCGAGCAAUGAAAAGGCGGUAUGAGAUGCAUCCAAUUAUAAAGAAAAAAGUUAACAAAACAAUCGAAUGUUACAAAUACAGAGUUGAAUGUCAAACCAUGCAAGAAUUAUUAAAUAUAAAAGAUAAUGCUGAAGCCAUACAUUUUGAAUCACUAAUAAUUAGAGAACGAAUUUUAGGUGAAAACAGUCCAGAUUUAUUGCAAUCAAUCAUAUACCGUGGUGCUGUUUAUGCAGAUGCGCAAAAUUUUACACCAUGUAUACUUCUCUGGAAUCAUGCCUUAAAAAUAGCUAAUCAUAAUAAACAUAGCAUCCAUAGAGAUCUUUUACGAUUCACACAGGUGUUUUGUCAAAUGAUUAAAAAUAAUACUAAAAUCAAAUUAUCAGAUUUAAAGAAUAUUUUACAAUCUGCAUAUGAUGAAUUAAUUAUUAUUAAAAAAAGAUUGUCUGAACCUGAUCAUUCAUCUGAAAAAAAAUUACCAAAGGAUGAAUACUAUUCAAAYAUUAAGUCUACGCUUGGUCUAAUUAUUAUAACUAGUAUCGCAUUAUUACAAAAUAAUAAUAAUGAAGAUCCGUUGGUAGGUGAUUUGAUGAAAGUUAUAGUGGAGAUAAAUAAACUUGAACUCAAAACAAAUAAAGGUCAAACAUUACUUCACUUGUGCCUUAAUUAUGACACAAAUGUUGACAAUAUUUUUACUACAGGAAUUUGUUGCUUUCCAAACUUUCUUGCAAUGAAAUUAUUAGUUCAUUGUGGAGCGAAUGUAGAUGCARUUGACAAUGAUAAAAAUACACCCCUCCAUUACAUUGGUAAAUUUAUUACAGAUUUUCCUCACAUACCACAUGACAGUGAUGACUUAGACACAAGAAAAAUGGUCAUGGAGUUAUUGAAUGCUGGUGCUCAUACAGACUAUGUAAACAAAUUAGGGGUUUGUCCUCAUACAGGAUAUCUGUCAAAUUUAUUCCAUUUAACAAACAGUAUGCCAAGGAGUUUGAAAUGUCUAUCUGCCAGUGUGCUCAAGCGCCGAUUUCCAAAAAAAUACUACUGUGAUCAGUUGCCAAAAACAUUAGUAAAAUUUACUAAUUUACAUUAAGUGAUUAAUAGUUAGUAAAAUAUUUAGACAAAAUAAUAUUACCUACAAUAUGACCUACAAAAGUUAAUAGUUAAGUCAUAAUUUUAUGCAGGUUAGCUGUAAGCAGAUCAAUGAAUGCUUACAGUAGAAUAUUGAAGAGACUUCAACAUAAUACAUUUUUAUUAUGAGUUAUCUAUCCUACAUGUAUAUAUAAAUUUUUUUUAUAAACUUUUU